CACGUGUUAUAGGAGAUGGUUUACUUAUGGAGAUGCCACUUUAAAAAACUAACGGCCGCGCUCCCAUAAUUUAAGUUCCUCUCGAUGGGCACCGUACCACUACCAGAUGUCCAGAUCUAAACUUAAAUCCAUACAGGCAUACACUGCAGCUGCAGCAACACAGUCCAAUGGAUGAGCUGGUCUUCCCUGCCUCAUCCAGCAGCUGUCCUUCCCCAGCCUCGUUCUCCACCGCCGGACACCACCAGGAGCACGAGUUCGUGCCCUGUGAUUUCCUGGAGGGAUGGCUGGGGGGCGACGACGACUGGCCGGACCUGGACGAGCCCCCAAGUGGCGUCACGUGGGGUGGCGAGGGCUCGCGCUCGCUGCGCAACGACCACCACCUGUCCGGCGAACCGCCGGCAACUGCGCUGAAGAGGCGUGGCCGGAAACCAGCGUCCCGUAACAACACCAACAGCCCCGCCCUCUGCCACGUCGAGGCGGAGCGGCAGCGGCGGGACAAGCUGAACCGCCUCUUCUGCGAGCUCCGGGCCGCCGUGCCCACCGUGUCCCGCAUGGACAAGGCGUCCGUCCUCGCCGACGCUACCAGCUACAUCGCCCAGCUGCGGCAGCGCGUCCAGCAGCUCGAGGCCGAGGCCAAGAAGAAGGCCGCGGCCGCGGCCGCCGCUCUCACGACGGUGGUGGCGCCCUUCUCGCACUCGUUCAUCAUCAGCGGCAGCGGCCAGCAGCUCGGAGAGAAGCUGGAGGUGCGGAUGGUCGGGACAGAGGCGGCGGCGCUCCGCCUGACGACGGCGACCGCGGCGGUGCGCCACGCCCCCGCGCGCCUCAUGCUCGCGCUCCAGUCGCUGGACCUGCCCGUGCAGCACGCGUGCGUGUGCCUCGUCGGCGGCGUCACCGUGCAGGACGCCGUCGUGGAAGUGCCCGCUGCGCUGCGGGACGACCGCGCCCUCCGCGCCGCGUUGCUCCACAGGCUGCUGCGGACCGGCUAGCUGGCUAGCCUCUCGUGGUCGGCAGGUUUGCGCUGAUCCACUCUGAUCCGUGGCCAAAUAAAGCACUUGCUUAGCUUGUGUGCUAUAGCUCACGUUUCAUGGCCGGCUUGACUCUUGAAACACUCUGCAUCAAUCCAAAGCUGGAUGUGCAUGUCAUUGUCAUGCUAGUCUCUUCUUUCUUCUGAUGUUGCUGUCAUGUUUUUAUUAGUGCAUAGUGUAUGGUGCUUAAUUAUAUUUUAGGCGGUGAUGCACCGCCCAAAAAUAAUUGCUACCCCUACAAUUUAUGCUUGUUUCAAGGACAGGCGGUUAGAUUGUGUGCUAAUGCUAUUGAACAUUGGAUUAUUGGUAGCUAGAAAAAUUAGCUCAUUAUUAAGGAUUUGUUCAAAAAAACCAAGGGUUUGUUUAAUUUGUCGUGUGUUAAUAAAUGUAUUUGUUGGAAAGUUUUGGAUUUAGUUUCCAUCUAAACUGAACCUUCGAUUGUGGCUUUAAUCAGUUUAUAUGCUCCAAGUGAGGAUGCUUUCAGCAUUGUUCUUGUUUUCCUCUUCUGAAUUUCGUGUUCCAUGCAUGCAGGUGUUGUUUUAUAUUCCUGAUCCUGGCACAUUGUACACAAGGUCAUUUUAUUUAUAGUUUAUACAGUGAUCUAGACUAGUAUUAUCGACAUGCAUGCUCAUUUGGUUGACAAAUUUCUCUUCUUUUCAGGACAUGCUGCUAGUUGCUAUAUUCCUUAAUUGUUUUCCAAAUACAUCUCCUUUUAGUUUGGAGUACUAUUUGUAGUAUUGUGUAACCUUCUGCUGAGUAAUAAGUUCAACAAAAUUGAAUACA